AUGACACAGCCUCGGGAUCCACCACGUGGUGCAAGGUUUGACGUCGUGGUUAUCGAUGAGGCGGCGCAGGCACUGGAGGUGGCCUGCUGGAUCCCUUUGCUCCUGGGCAAGAAGGCGGUACUGGCGGGUGACCACCAGCAGCUGGCGGCCUGCGUGAAGUCCACGGAAGCCCAGCAGCAGGGCCUAGAUGAGACACUCUUCGGCCGGCUGAUCGACCGCUUCGGCGAUGACGUGGCUUCCCUCCUGUCCAUCCAAUAUCGAUCCAACGAGAAGAUCAUGGGCUGGUCCUCCCAGUCCUUCUACGGCUCGCGUCUCGAAGCCGCGCCAUCCGUGGCGAGCCAGACACUGAGUCUGCAGGAGGUUCCUUCCUUGAACAUCAGCGCAGAGAUCCUAGAAAUGGUCACUGCGCCCAUGUUGUUCGUUGACACUGCCGGGCUGAGCAUGUACCGAGAGGAUGGGGAAGCCUCACGUUCUGACAUCCAGCAGUCGAGAUGCAAUCCGGGAGAGUCUCGCUUUGUUGUGCACUACGCAAAGAUGCUGGUGAGAGCGGGGCUGCGGCCUGAGGCCUUCACGGUAAUAACCCCAUACAACCGUCAAGUCGAGCAGCUUCGUGCGGACUUCGCGGCGGAUGCGGAUGUUGAGGCUUUGAGAGUAACUCCCCGCAUCAACACGGUCGACUCAUUCCAGGGCCAGGAAGCGGAUGUGGUCCUGAUCUCGCUAGUGCGCUCAAACACGCACGGAGUCGUUGGCUUCUUGUCCGACUAUCGCCGUUUGAAUGUUGCAGUCACCAGGGCAAGGAAGCACGUCUUGCUGGUGGGCGAUGCUAGUACGAUCUGCAACGAUGACGUGCUCAGUUCGCUCUACGGCUAUGCAUGUGAUCACGGCCGGGUGGCCUUCGUCCAGCAACUGCUGGACGAGCAAGGUGGGAUCCCAGCAGAUCCCAGCACAGCCGCUGCCUUGCAAGAAGAGCGUCGGCAAGCCCUGGCCAGAACAUCUGACAAGUCAAAGGAGAAAUUGCGCGACAAGGCGCAAGAGGAGGAGAAGCUCCGACAGCAGUUCCAGAAGCGCCUGCGUCAUGUUUUGGGACGUUCUUUGACAGAUUACUCCAAUGCUCUGGACUUACUCCAUGUGGUGCGGAACACCGGCCACUCCAUCCGACAGAGCUUCAAAUGCAGCCCCAAGAACGCCUGCUUCUCAAAGGACACUGGUCAGCCACUUCAGCUGCCGGCCAAGCUGAAUCCGUACGAGCGGGCUAUAGCCCACGAGGUGGCCAAGGAGCUUGGCUUAAUGCACGAGUCGAGAGGCGAAGGCAGCGAGCGUCGCCUCGUGGUGUGGUCCAAAGACGGCCCCGUGCCAAGCUUCCCAGAGCCCGCUACCAGCGCCAGUGAAGUGCAAACAGGUGUCGAUGCCAGCGCCGCGAAUGUUGCAGCUCCGGUGGAGGAGGAGACGGCACUGGAGGCCUUCGAACGGAGGGCCCGCGACUUGCUGGCUUCGCUGGGUCCGGGCCAGCCGGUUGCAGAGUGGAAGUCCCCUACAGACGAGGAGGCAGGGAAGCUCUCGGAGGCUUCUUGGAGACGGAAGGCAUGGCAUAGCGGCAUAGUGGAAGUUCUUCAGCGGCUUGCAGGCCAGCACACCCUGACCGCGGCUAGCUUUCAUUUCUGUUUGUGCAUGUUGCUCUCUAGCGAUCUGCAGCUCGAGGUUCUGGAGGCUGGCAGUGGCAAGAAGCGACGGCUUCAGCUGAAGGCUUCUUGGCAGCAGAAGGCAGGGCCCACGGUGGCGUUGCCUGAAUCCGCGAAGACCGCCACAGAGAAGAGCCCGCCGGGCGCACAACCAAAGCCCGCCGUUUGUGCCGAGGCCGAGGGCAAGUCCGCGCCUGCCUCCGCCAAUGCGCAGUUGGCGAGCCUCCACGAAGAAAGGAGACAGCGCCAGUUGGCCAUGGCAGAACAGCGGAAGAAGGACAUCGAGAAGAGCAAUGCCGACAUCAAAGUGGCCAAGCAGGCAGCCAAAAAGGAAAAGUCUGCAAAAAAGGCGGCUGCCACCACUGAUGACGAUGAUUUGGACGCGCUAUUGUCGGAAUUCACAAAGGAGGAGGGCAUUUGCAGUUUCGCCAACUGCAAGGAGAAGACGAACACCCUCAUGGACGUGCUCUCCAAGUGCAAGUUCUGCAGCAGCCGCUUCUGCCUCAAGCAUGCUCAGGCGGAGGUGCAUGGUUGUGGAGAUCAGGCACAGCGCUUGGAGCAGAAGAAGUGGAAGGAGGCCUGCGCCGCGGGUUCGCGCGGCAGCGGCUUGGUGAACCGGUCUGCUGGCAGGGACGGGCGAGGUGGCAGCUCUUCUUUCUCCAAAUAUGUUUAG